CCCGAAUUAGAGACUUUGCAGUGUGCACAUAAUCCAAGUGCCCUCUUUUAUUCCUUUUGAUCUUUCUCAAAAGUCUUUCUUUGGGUUUUGAACAUUUCAAUCUUUCAAAUAAAUCUACUUUUUCUUUCUAUGUUCCAAUUACCAUUUUUUCUUUCCCGCCUUGCCCCCCAACCCACCGUUUUGACCACCAUCCCAUCCCCCAUCUCUCUCUGAAUUUCUCUAUAUAUGUAGCGGCCGAAUUGGAGUUGCAGAGAAGAUGGAGUCUCUCUUCAACACAGGGUCAACCACCACUUUGAAGAAGAUAUUCACUCAUCUUCUCUUUGUAUCUCUGGUUUUGAACUGUUUUACUGAAUUUAGAUCCGUCGCUCAACUUCUACCAGAUGAAGAAGUUGCGGCUCUUGAAACGAUAUCAACGGAACUGCGGAUGCAGAUAAAUCACUGGAACAUUAACCGUGCAUUUUGCAGUGGGGGUAAUGUUACGACUGGGAAUGUUCGUGAUAAGAGUUAUAGCAAUGUUGCUUGCAAUUGCACAAACAAUACAGUCUGCCACGUCACAAACAUCCUGCUGAAGGGUCAAAAUUUAACAGGAGAACUACCAGCCGAAUUCGCAAAUCUUCGUUACCUGCAAGAAAUUGAUCUCACUCGCAACUACAUAAAUGGAUCGAUUCCUACAUCUUUUUCUCGACUCCCUCUGACCUUUCUGUCCCUUGGGGUAAACCGAAUCAGUGGUUCGAUUCCUAAAGAAAUUGGUGACAUUUCUACCCUUGUGGAGCUGGUCUUGGAAAAUAAUCAGCUUGGAGGACCUCUUCCUCCUAACCUUGGAAAUUUGAGCCGCUUGAGUAGACUCCGUCUUUCUGCUAACAAUUUUAAGGGAACACUACCAGUUGAAUUCAGCAAGCUAAAGAACUUAACGGAAUUUACUAUAGAUGGGAGUAAACUAUCUGGGAAGAUACCUGAUUGGAUUGGGAACUGGACGAACAUUAGCAGACUGGAUAUGCAAGGAACAUUCGGGGAGGGACCCUUACCAUCUACCAUAUCCAACCUGAAAAACUUAAAAGAAUUGAGAAUAUCUGAUCUGAAUGGAUCAAACUCGAGUUUCCCUGAUCUACAGGAUAUGAAAGGCUUGAAGUACCUGAUACUGAGAAAUUGCUCAAUAAAUGGUUCAAUUCCUGAUUACAUUGAUAAUCAUUUUAUUGAACUCAGAAUUUUAGAUUUGAGCUUCAAUAGGUUGACAGGUGGAAUUCCAAAGACAUUUGAAAAUUUGGAUUUUGAUUACAUGUUUUUGAACAACAACUCGCUAAAUGGGACAAUACCGUACUGGUUACUCCUUAGAAGAAAUGACUGGAUCGAUGUGUCUUACAACAACUUCACAGAUGGAUCAGAUACAUCUGAAGUCAGUUGCAGCGGGUCAUCAAACCUGAAUUUAGCUUCCAGCAUGUCCUCAUCUGUGGAUAGCAACUCAAGUAUUCCUUGGUGCUUGAAGAAGGACCUUCCUUGCGACAAUGCCCAGCACUAUUCCCUGUUUAUCAAUUGUGGAGGAAGCAAUCCAACAAAAUUUGAGGGGAAGGAAUAUGAAAGAGACUCAGAGAGAGACGGUCAAUCACAAUUUUAUGUUUCUGAAGGAAAAUGGGCUUUUAGCAGCACAGGGGUUUUCAUGGACAAGAUUAGCAAAGCCAGUUACAUAGCAAAUAAUUUAUUCUCUUACAAGCUUGAUGAGAUAUACGAAACAGCACGCCUUGCCCCUACUUCACUUAAGUACUAUGGCCUUUGCUUGCGUAAAGGCAGUUAUAAAGUGCGUCUCCACUUUGCUGAAAUAAUGUUUUCGGAUGACCAGAAGGUCCAGAAUUAUACUAGCCUCGGGAAACGGAUUUUUGAUGUAUCAAUCCAAGGGAAUCUAAUUUGGAAGGAUUUUAACAUUAUGAAGGAAGCUAAAGGUCCUGGCAAGAACUUCACAAUGGUACACGAUGUUAAUGUUAGUGGCAGCACUCUGGAGAUCCACUUAUACUGGUCUGGGAAAGGGACUAAUGCAAUUCCUGACAAAGGUGUAUAUGGACCUCUUAUCUCUGCUAUUUCAGUGACACCAAACUUUGAUGUUGAUACGGGACUUUCUGUUGGAUCUAUUGUUGGUAUCGUGGCUGCUUCAUGCGUAGUCUUUGGGUUGAUUUUGUUAUUACUUCGAAUGAAAGGUUACUUAGGAGGGAGAGACCUUGAAAAUGAAGAACUUCGAGGGCUAGAUCUGCAAACAGGUUAUUUCACUUUAAGGCAGAUCAAAGCUGCUACCAGUAACUUUGACCCUGCAAACAAAAUUGGUGAAGGAGGAUUUGGACCAGUUUACAAGGGUUUAUUGUCAGAUGGUUUAGUAAUCGCUGUUAAGCAGCUUUCCUCCAAAUCUAAGCAAGGAAAUCGUGAGUUUGUCAAUGAGAUAGGCAUGAUAUCUGCCCUACAACACCCAAACCUUGUGAGGCUUUAUGGCUGUUGCAUUGAAGGAAACCAGUUGUUGCUAAUAUAUGAAUACUUGGAGAACAAUAGUCUUGCCCGUGCACUUUUUGGUCGCGAGGAACACCGGCUAAACCUUGAUUGGCUAACAAGAAAGAAGAUAUGCUUAGGAAUAGCAAGGGGCUUAGCUUAUCUUCAUGAGGAAUCAAGGUUGAAAAUCGUUCAUAGAGACAUUAAGGGUACCAAUGUUCUGCUUGAUAAGGAUUUAAAUGCUAAGAUAUCUGAUUUUGGUUUGGCCAAGCUUGAUGAAGAAGAGAACACCCAUAUCAGCACAAGAAUUGCUGGAACAAUAGGAUAUAUGGCUCCCGAAUAUGCAAUGAGGGGUUAUUUGACAGACAAAGCCGAUGUUUACAGCUUUGGGGUUGUUUUAUUGGAGAUUGUCAGUGGGAAAAGCAAUACAAGUUACAGGCCAAAGGAGGAGUUUGUUUACCUUCUUGAUUGGGCUUAUGUUUUGCAAGAGCAAGGAAACCUUUUAGAACUUGUGGAUCCAAUUCUGGGUUCAAACUACUCAAAAGAAGAGGCAAUGAGGAUGUUAAACUUGUCUCUUUUAUGCACCAACCUAUCUCCCACCCUUAGACCAUCCAUGUCAUCUGUGGUGAGUAUGGUCGAAGGUAAUAGCCCAAUCCAAGUGCCAAUAGUGAAGCGUAGUUCAGUCAACGACGACAUGAGGUUUAAAUCAUUUGAGAAGAUAUUACAGGACAGCCAGACAAACAUCUCGGCAUUCUCUGUGGACAGUCAGGUGCAGGGGAGCAUAUCUAUGGAUGGGCCAUGGACUGGUUCUUCGGUUUCUAUCCCAAGUAACAGAACUUCAUCAAGCAAGCUUCUUCCAGAUCUUUAUGACGUGAAUUUGGAAUAAUUUAUGAAUAUGUGAUGUGUCUGUAAUUGUAGCACUUUGAAAUUAUAUUUAUCUAAACUUUGUGCAAUUCUAUCUUAAAUUAUACUUAUGAUGUUAUUUUUUACUAAGAGGUGAAAAGAUGAUGUACAUAUUUACUUUUUGAAGCAUAGAGAAGUCCUGUACUUAUUUUAAAGAUGAUGAGAUUUGAAUUUUGAACCAUUCCAUUCUAUAUAAAUGAAUGCUAGUCAUCAUCAA